AUGUCCCGAGUCAAAACAAAAGUUCAUAAAGGUGCAUACUCUUCUCAUAUUCUCAAGCAGCAAAAAGCCGGACUCAAUGACGAAAAUGAUCAAUCCAGAAUGCUUGCACACGAUAUGAGUGAAGAAGAAGCCACUCCAUCGGAUGAAGAUAUGCUUAGCGGCGAGGAAGAAGAUGAAGAUAGGGUAAUGUCAGAUGAAGAAUUAGCCGAGAAAAAGCCCUCUCUUCAUUCCGUUCGUGACCUGCCAUCCGCUCAGGAGCUACGGGCGAUAUUUGAAUCGAGUGAGCUCUUUCGAACAAACGCAUUCAAGCUUCAGGAAAGUAAUCAAACCAUAUUCAUUGAGAACCUUCUUACCGCGGUGACCCCUAAACGAUCAAAGUCUGCCAGAGAACAUCUCGACGGGUUUCUGUUGCAACUGUACGAGCGCCUUCAGGACUCAAACUCACCAUCAUUUCUUUCGGACAAGCCACAAAGUCCUGUGGAGGUCGCGAAGCAGUUACAACCAAAAGGCGUAGAGGUCCCCUUUCCCUCACCGGCCCCGACGGUGGAUACCAAAUGGACCUUCCAAUUCCAACCUCCUGAGUCCAUCACACUGGUCGGCAGUUGGGCACUAAAUACAAGUGUCAAAGAACGGGACGAGAUACCUUAUGGUGUAGAUCUGGCGGUGGCAUUGCCUCAGAACCUAUUGCAAGAGAAGGACUAUCUUAAUGAUCGGGUUUUCCACAAAAGGGCACUCUAUUUGGCCUGCAUAGUGGCAAAGGUAGUGCAGAACUUCGAAGUGGACGUGCACUACAGUUUCCCUUUGGGUGAUGUGCGGCGUGCCGUGGCUGUCAUCUCGUCGCGCAAAGAUAGUUCUGUGGAUUGGUCAAAGCUUAACGCCGAUAUUCGUAUCAUUCUGGUUCUGCCUUCCAACUGCCCUAUACCUCCAGCUAGACUAUCGCCGUCUAGUUCCAAUCUACGGGUAGCCGACAGUAACGCAUCGACAUCAAACCUCCCGACUCCCCAUUAUAACAACCUACUCGCCCACUUGUUGUUGAGCACUCGGCAUUUGGUUACGAUGCAUCAAUUUGAACAGAGUAUUCCGCAAUUUGCGAGUGCCGUGCGACUUUUGAGAGUCUGGGCGAACCAGCGAGGGUUUGGAAAAGGAACGAAGAGCUGUGUACGCGGCUUCGAAGACCUGGGAGAGUGGUGGGGAUGUAUCAUCGGAUUGCUGGUGGAGGGCGAAGAAAGACCUCCAUCGAGAGCAGGCUCAAAAAUUUCGAGAAAAAAACGACGUACACUGGGAAGAGAGCUAAGCUCUUAUCAACUCUUGCGAGGGACGCUCGACUUUCUUGCCCACCAGGACUUUGUGAAUGAACCUGUUUUCAUGAAGCGGGAAGACUCCGCGACCAAAAUCGACAUUGAACAGUGGCUUUCAACUGGGGGCCCUUUAUUCAUCGAUUCCAGCGGUACAUACAACUAUCUUGAAGCCGUUCCGCCUGGUUCACUUGAUCUGCUACGAAUAGAAGCUGCGCAGACACUCAAAGUAUUGGAAAAUAGUUCAGAGGAUGCCUUCUCACCCUUAUUUCUACGAGAAUUACGGGACGCUCAGGCCAGAUUCGAUGUAGUUCUCAGAGUCAAUAUAGAAGGGGUGCAAUCUCGAAGCGAAUCAAAGAUAAACAUACUGGAUAAUGGUUCUUAUUCCAGCUCAGCCUUCUCCCAGAUCGAUCGAAUCCUUCGCAAGGCACUUGGAGAUCGAAUCCGAGCACUUGCAAUCCUUCACCCAACCUCCAGCCGACAAAGCAUUGCCACUUCGCAUCCUUUCCCUGUACCGACGUUUGAGAUUGGAAUGAUCCUGAACCCUCAACACGCAUUUCGAUUGAUUGACCGAGGUCCCAAGAUCGACGAGGACCAAGAAGCCAUCGCAGACUUUCGUGCUCUUUGGGGUCAGAAGGCGGAAUUGAGGAGGUUCGCCGACAGUGCCAUCGUGGAGUGUGUUGCUUGGGAGGUGGAAAUGCCUCAUGAACGAGCGUACAUCCCGGGUCGUAUUGCGAAACAUAUCCUCGCAAGACACUUCAACCUUGAAAAGGUGCUGGAUCUACAACCUUCAUACGUCGAGAGAAUUCUCCCCCACCCUGCCUCGCCGAUGGUGCGGUAUUCAUCAGUCGAGAAAGGAGGAGGGUUCAAAGCCGCAAUGCAGGCGUUUGAAGAGGUAGUGCGGCAUAUCAAGGCGAUGGACCUUCCUCUCUCACUGGUAGCAUGCUUGCCUAGCGCCGCGGGCUUGCGUUAUGCCAGUGAGCUGUCACCGACCCCAAUCCCCUUGACAAGAAUACCGUUUUUACCGGAGUGCGCCUCCUAUAUCGAGGUGUAUGAUGCGAUUUUACAAUUCGAAAAGUCGGGGCGAUGGCCAGACGACCUGGGCGCGAUCCAGAAGGGCUGCGUGGUGGGAGUAGCGAUGGAUUCAGCCGCAUCCCCUUGGGAAGAUGGUGCAGCUCUGGAGCUCGCACUCCCCUCUGGCUUUGCAUUUCGCCUGAGGAUAUACCAUGACCGUGAACGGACACUAUCAGAGAAAGUUAUCUCGGACGAGACCGCCCAACCCUUUGAAAGAGCGGAUGCCGAGAGGGCGCUUCAUACUCACUUGGAGAGGUUCAUCCAUCGGCCUUCUCAUCAUGCAGCAAUCAUGAAUAUGCACCAUCGACAUGUUGGGUUUUCCCCAACACUACGACUCUUCAAGCGAUGGAUAUCAUCUCAUUAUCUCUCCAAUUUAAUUCCUUCUGAACUCGUUGAACUGGUUUGUUCGUACGUGUUCCUUCGACCUGAUCCACAGUUGGCACCACACACGGGAGCGACUGGAUUCGCCCGAGCUCUAGGGUUCCUCAGUAUAUGGGACUGGAGAAGAGAAGCAUUAAUCAUACCUCUGGAUUCGAUAGCCGGUGUCGAGGAAUCGGGUACUGGAUAUUUUCCUGCCGCCCAGCUGCUUGUAGCAGAGACGGCCUUCAAAGAACGGAGGACCCAGGACCCUGGCCUUAGCACUGGUGCAUGGCACGUUGCCACCGAUAAGGAUCCAAAAGGUGUAUUCUGGUGUCUUAAUGGACGGGGUGUCAGUGCAAUGGUAGCCGACAGAAUUACGAUACUUGCAAAAGCAUGCUGGAAACUUAUACAAGAGGGGGGAUGUCAGUCACCAGCUGCGGUCAAGUCCUUGUUCACGCACCCGCUGACUGAUUAUGAUUUCCUGAUACGCUUGGAUCCGAGUCGCCUUCCUCGAUAUGCGCACAAUAUUUUUGCGGACGCAUCUCUUUGGCAACUAAACCACACAAACGUUCAAUCUAGUGGUCUGAAUGACGGCUUCAUGAUCGGAUUUGACCCCGCCUGCGAGCUAGUGGACGAUCUCCAGCGGGUGUAUGGCGAUACUAUCGUCUUCUUCUAUGACCGCCUUGGAGGAACAACUAUCGCCGGAUCAUGGAACCCGUUGCUUCUGAAGGCCAGGACAUUCAGGGCGUUACUAGGCUACUCAACGCGGGUCGAAGGUUCAUCAAAAAAAGCACAAGUGGUCCUCAACGUUGAUGGAGUCCUCGCAGAAAUUGCUCGUAUGGGGCAGGGCUUGAUCAAAGAGGUUAUUAAACAAACCCGAUAA